GGCGGAGCGCUUUGCCUCCUACUUUUUGUUGGGACCUGGGAGAGAAAUUAUCCCGCAGGGGCGGCGAGGUGAGGAAAACGCAAGAAAGGAAAGAACAAGUUAUAAACCAUGGGAAUGUACGAGGCUGCUGUUUAGUCGUCUACAAUGCAAGCGGACGUGCUUUCGCCGUGAAUUCAUCCGUGGAGGUUUCUGUGUAGAAGUGUAACCCUCCCAUCAUGCUGAGUUUCCUGCGCAGGACGCUGGGGCGACGCUCCAUCCGGAAACAUGCAGAGAAAAGCCGGUUACGGGAGGCCCAGCGUGCCACGACACACAUCCCUGCCGCCGGGGAUGCAAAGUCCAUCAUCACUUGCCGCGUGUCCUUACUGGAUGGGACAGAUGUCAGCGUUGACCUGCCGAAAAAAGCCAAAGGUGAGGAGCUGUUUGAGCAGAUCAUGUACCAUCUGGACAUCGUAGAGAAAGACUACUUUGGACUGCGCUUUAUGGACUCGGCACAAGUGCCGCACUGGCUUGAUGUCACGAAAAGUAUCAAAAAGCAAGUAAAAAUUGGUCCACCAUACUGCCUUCACAUGAGAGUUAAGUUUUACUCAUCGGAGCCGAACAACCUGCACGAGGAACUCACAAGAUACCUAUUUGUGUUACAGUUAAAGCAAGAUGUCCUCAGUGGCAAGCUAGAAUGUCCAUUUGACACAGCGGUGGAGUUGGCUGCCUUCUCUCUACAGGCUGAGCUAGGUGAUUGUGACCCAUUAGACCAUAAUGUGGACCUGGUGACAGAAUUUCGCUUCGUCCCCAACCAGACAGAGGAUGUGGAGCUGGCGAUAUUCAACGCAUGGAAGGAGUGCAGAGGUCAGACACCAGCCCAAGCUGAAAUUAACUACCUGAAUAAAGCCAAGUGGCUAGAAAUGUAUGGAGUGGACAUGCAUAUGGUCAAGGCGAGAGAUGGUAAUGAAUACAGUCUGGGAUUGACACCCACUGGAGUUCUGGUGUUUGAAGGACAAACUAAGAUUGGGCUCUUCUUUUGGCCCAAGAUCACAUGUCUGGAUUUCAAGAAGAGCAAACUGACGCUUGUGGUAGUGGAGGAUGAUGAGCAGGGGAAAGAACAGGAGCACACCUUUGUCUUCAGGAUGGAUCACCCCAAGGCCUGCAAGCACCUUUGGAAAUGUGCUGUGGAACACCACGCUUUCUUUAGGCUGAGAGGGCCAGUACAGAAGAAUUCUGCACGCUCUGGAUUCAUACGCAUGGGUUCACGGUUCAGAUACAGCGGAAAGACAGAGUAUCAGACAACCAAGGCCAAUAAAGCAAGGCGGUCAGCCUCCUUUGAGAGAAGGCCCAGUCGACGUUACUCCAGGAGAACAAUGCAGAACAGAGGACCAUUCCAUCCACAAGUCCUUUCCUCAGGCAACGGAGUCAGCUCCAGCAAAGACAUCAAGGUUUCUUCCAGUAGAGGUGCCUGGUCAGCCGUGCCUGUGGUCAGCCCAGUAGCUGCUUCUGCCUGUGGACCGAUGGAAAUCGAAGCUCUACCCAGGAGUCCUGGAGGAGAAAAAAGGAGUAUGCCCGUGGUUGCUGACCUGAUGGAGACGUGCAUUGACGACGUCCUCCGGCCUCCUGUCAUUCCUACAGUGACGGCUGCAGAUGAGGCCGGACCGAGUAACGCCUACGCUACCGCCAGUGUCACAGGAGAAGAUCCUCUCAGCCUGAGUGGUGAGGCUACGGAAAACCUACGAAGCAGACCAAAAAAAGCAGCGGCUCGUCUGAAGCAGCUGGCGUUGGACAGCAGUCCUCUUCUUGCUACUCCAAGAAAUAACAUCAAUGUCAAUAUGGCCAUGAACAAUCAGGAGGAUGUGGUAAAGCUCACAGAGAAGUGUGGACUGAGCAGUACAGGGAGCAAUAGUCCAGUUGUCACUCCACUGCGCACCCCAGAGGAUCUGAAGAGUAACAUCCUGAAAGCACAAGCUGAGGCUGCUGCCCUCAAGGGAACUUUGGAGGAACACGUCGUAAUGGUUGGAGAUAAAAACUGUAAUUUGCAGGAUGUUUCUGCCAGGUUAAAGGUGCGUACCGGGCGAUUGGGCAGUAACUCGUCUCUGACCGUUAGCAGUCGCCCUGAAGUCCACGACUCCUGGGACCUGCUCAAGCCAGCCCCUCUGGUCUCAUCAGCAGGCACCAGUGCUGAAAGGCUAGCUGAAGAUUCAAACCCAUCUGUUCCGAAGAUGCUUUCUGAGUCUGCCAGCGAAGUCAUGGCACCAAAGGUUAAAGCAGAGGAAGUUGAGCUGCAAAACACCACCCCACUGUCUGACAACCUGAUUGAUUUCACUGAUCCAACUCCGGUUCUACCACCAGUGCAGCAGCCCAAACCUGUCAUCACACCACGCUGGAUCAUUCCUACAACUGCUCCUCCUGGCGUCUUAACUAACGGCCUGCUCGACCUUGACCCCCAUGCUAAGGUCAACCCUCUUCUCUCUGCAGAUGGGGGGGCAGCUCUCACCCCAGCCCUCCCCCACCUCGCUCACAUGCGUAACACCACCUCCGCCAGCACUGUGGGUCAACAGCCAGCCCAGGAGGAUGGAGCCAAACCCAGAGGUCUCCUGACCACUGAGCUCUGAUGGAGAAACGAGGAGCAGCCGUCACUACAUUAAUCUUCCAGACUGCUUUCCCACCUCACCCAUCCACACACAAAUAAGCUGGACCAGGUGCGCCGAACACUUAAGAGGAAAGCUGAACCAGAAAAGAGGCAGCUUACAUAGUUUCUAACUAUACUCACACUGACAAACUGUUUUUUUUGUUGUUUUUUUUACAACAUGACACAAAGCUUAGUUUAUAAAACAGUUAAAACAUUUAGCACCAGCAUUAACAUUUUAGGAACAUGGAACUGCUUGUGAAUCUGCGUUUCGGUUCACCGUCAGUGACCUGCCAUUUAUGUAGUCCAUCCAGUCAACCAAACCUCGGCCUCUGAUAACUAGCACCGUCUCCUCGUAGAUGACAAGUGAUCCCUUGUGAAGGAAGAAAAAUAUUCUUCAGUUUGUUUGCUAGAGAGGUGCAUCCAUCACUGACUUGUGACUUUAAAGGGUAGGUUGUCUCUUCUAGCACCGCUCCUCCUCCCACCUUUAUUUUGAGUCGUGCGUUUUUUUUUCACUGGUAACUCACACCACUGGAACACUGCUAGUCUGAGCUUCUCUACACAGAUCACACAGCAUGUAGAGCAGCUGAAGUACACUGGAUGAAAGACUUGAAAAGAAUGUGGCUUAAAGUGUUGAUUCUGAGAGAUAAAAACAUCUGGACUCUUAACAGGAUGAAACAUGAAUAUGAUACUGUACUGUCCUCAGCACACACUACAAAACGUUUUUAAAACUCACACGUGAAACUCUACUGUUAGGCACUGGAUCUGAAAACUUCACUGGAUUAUCUUUGCAACACUGGACAUUGGAAUACAUAUAUUUUUUUUUUCCAGUGGAUGACAACAGAGGUUUUUAUUAUCUUUUUUUUGUUGUUGUUUUAAUUUGCCCGUCGCAGUACUUUUAAAUUCACACAUUUUGGUACUUUGGAUCGAACUGUUACGUUCUGCUUCUCUGUAAACUCAUAAAAUGUGAUAUAUUUAGUUUUUUACUCAAAUCCACUGCUUUCAUCACCAGACUUUCUUUUUACAUUAAUUUUAACGUCUAUAUUGGGGAUAUGAAAUCAGGUGGCGACUCAAUUGCUAUUGAGAUCUUUGAAGUGAACUGUGAUCCCUGGAGCUGAAUGCUUCCCUCACUGGAUAUCUGUGAUUUGAUGCUGUUAUAGACCAUGACUGCUGGUAUUUACAUGGUGUAGCUCCUACACUGCCUUAUGGACAUGAAUGUAUUCUAAUGGUCUCAUCUGAGAAGGCUGCAGAUGCAGUAUGAAAAUAUCAGCGGUUCUUCAUCAUAAUGCUGUUUUGUCACACAUUGUACGUUACGACUUGUUAAAUUUACAAUUGACCUUGAAAGAGCCCCGCCCCUUUUAACUCUGAGCUCCAGUAACAGUUGAGUAAGAUGAGUAAAAUGUCACAUAUCGAGUUAAAACGCUGGAUAACAAAUUUUCGGCAAUCUUUGGCAUGUUAGCAAAAGGAUAGCUAGCUAAUUAAAUAUUAAAGGUCCGGUGUGUAGGAUUUGGUGGCACAUAACAGUGGAGUUGUAGAUUGCAACCAAAUUAAUACCCUGCCACGUUUCACCCUCUUCCAAGCAUGUAGGGAGAAACUCUGGCUGCCAAAUUUAAAAGCGAAGGUUUGCUCAGAGUUUGGUUUGUCUGUUCUGGGCUACUGUAGAAAAAUGGUGGUUCAACAUGGCGGACCCCAUGGAAGAGGACCCGCUCUUGCUGUACAGCUAAACUUAAUGAAAACGUAAUAAUUAUUAUUGUUUUCCAUUCCUGCCAAUAAAUAGUCUAAGAUUGCUAAAAUUAGCUGAGCUGUUAUUGGAGAAAAAUGGGGCGGGGCUUACAUCACUGAUCACUGAUAUAGUUUAUAACUGGAUGUUAUUGUUAAUGAAGUAUUUCACUUUUUCCCCCCCUCCCACUCCCCUGUGAACAUUAUAAUCACUGAGCCUGGACACACACGAGUUACGUCUGUAAAGUUUUUUUUAUUAAUCUGUUGAUUUCAUUUUCUGUCUUGAACAAGGGAAGCUGACUGUGUUACCAUGUCUUCUUAGCAGCGACGGUUAUUUAUGCUACUACUCAGUGUAAUUGUUCAAAUAUGACAUGUUGUCCAAAAGUGUUGUAGGGUACAGUUAUAAUGUAUUGUCAGUAUAAUGGCAUCAGCUGGCUGUAGAUAUGAAGUAGAUUUAUAUAUAUUUUUUUGAAGAUUAUGUCGGCAGUAUUGUUACUACAUUCCGAGAAGAUUUCAGCGCUGAGGUAUUUUCUAAUUACAAAAGUAGGAAAUGUAUUACUGAUCGAACUGACUGGAAAAACACUGAGAUUGUGACAUCUCAAAUGCAAUUUUAUAUAAACUUUUAUUUUUUUCUGGAAUACCUGAUCAUGAUUCAGUAAAGCUUUGCUACACUAGGAA